AGACAUACUAACAGUCUUGUAAAGGCAAGACGUGGGAGUACAAUUGUACAUUCCAACAGUUAAAUUUACUCGAAGUGCUAACAUCUGAUAUAACUUACAAGAAUUGAUGAUUUAAACGUGCAAUGUGCGUAAACUAGUGUGCUUAGAAAAUGGGAGCGGCGCCUUCAACUCAAGAAUAUGUCGCAAGCUGGAAAAGUCUACUGGCUGGGAAUGUGGAGGAAACUGAAGAAUACUUGCAGAGAUUAUAUCAAGGGAAAGAACUGGCUCAAGCGUAUGCUGCUUACAGACCCAAGUAUCCCCAGGCUGUGUUCGAUGCCAUAAUGACCUAUCACGAUGAGGUGACCAAUAAUGGACGUAGCAUGGCCCUGGAUGUUUGCUGUGGUCCUGGACAGUCCACCUUACCGCUUGUUCCUUUAUUUGAAAAGGUAGUUGGUGUAGACAUCAGUCAGGACCUACUGGAUCACAUGCCUAAAGAUAUACCAAACCUGACCACAUAUAGGAGUGCAGCUGAAGACUUGUUUAUGAUAGCGUCUGAUUCUGUUGACCUCAUCACCUCAGGAGCUAGCCUCCAUUGGCUUAACACUGAAAAAUUUUUUAAAGAAGCCAAGCGUGUUUUAAAACCAGGAGGGACUUUUGCAACGUACAUGUUUCAAAUUGAGGAUCUGUGCAAUGAAGAGGCUAACAAAGCUUACAAAGAGUUUUUGUCAACGAUGAAAGAUUAUCUCACUUCAAAAACUCUAAUUGUCGCACACAAGUACGAAACAAUUGAUUUCCCUUUUGACUGUCUUAAAAGGUUGGACAUUCAAACAAAGAUGGAAAUGACCAUUGGCCAGUUUAAAGGCUACAUGGCCUCCUGUCAUUUUUGGCCACUAUACUCUCAAGCCAACCCUACGACUCAUAUUUUAGAAGAUUUUAUGAUCAGUUUACAGCAUAUCUUUGGCAAUGGAACCACGUCAUCAGCAGAAGUAAACAUGAAGGUUUACAGAAAAAAUUUCUAGUCCUUGGAAGAAACCAGAAAUGAGUUUUUCAAUGGUUCUGUACCUAACAGAUUGAUUUCACUGACAUGGUCAUUUUUAAACACAUUUCUGCUUUAGAGUUUUAUAUCUCACAAUAUUUGUCAAGUACUGAAGCAGGAGAUCCUGUUUUUGAUCAUUCGAUAGAUAGAUAGAUAGAUAGAUAGAUAGAUAGAUAGAUAGAUAGAUAGAUAGAUAGAUAGAUAGAUAGAUAGAUAGAUAGAUAGAUAGAUAGAUAGAUAGAUAGAUAGAUAGAUAGAUAGACAGACAGACAGACAGACAGAGUGUCACAUACCAGUUUUAGAACCCCUGUUACAUUUGGUGACUAGUAGUCACUUGACUAUUCCGUGCAGUUAGCACGAGAUUUUGAUUGGUCAAGUAACUGACCACGGGGUGAACACCUCAGUUGAGUUUGGACUCUUGUAGAGAGAGGAGCGUUGUGAUCUCCUCAGGUAUAAUAUAUAAGCAUUAAGUAAUUACUAUGGUGUAUGCUGUUCUUAUUUCAUUGGAUUGUAAUUUGUGAUGGCUGAAGUCGCCAAUAUCUUUUGUGAAUUAUUUUAUGUGAAUAAAAACCAUGUCUGCUA